GUUGCUCGCGCGCCGUCCAUUUCUGCUUGGGUCGGGAAGGAAGUCUGUGGAGAGGGAGAAGAGCCGCCAUGUCUUCCGGUGCUUUGGCAAAACCUCAGAUGCGAGGCCUUCUGGCAAGGCGUCUGCGGAUUCACAUGGUUGGAGCAUUCAUUCUGUCUAUUGGGGCUGGAGCCUACUAUAAGUUUGCAGUUGGUGACCAGAGAAAGAAGGCAUAUGCAGAUUUCUACAGAAAUUAUGAUUCCAUGAAGGAUUUUGAGGAGAUGAGGAAAGCUGGGAUUUUUCAAAGUGCAAAGUGAUUGUGGAAUGGAAAGAAUUUCUUCAGAUUGAUUCCAUGAAUGUCACUGGCCGAUGUCCUUGAAGUGUGAAAUAUGACUGUGGGCUAAGGAGUAGUUUCUCGUGGUAAAUAAAACAAUUAACAAAUA